GGCCACCUUUACACAAGUGCGCUCAGAGGAAACGCCGCACGAAGGAAAAAAAAAAGAAAAAGCAAAUCGCUGCGGUUCAGACGCGCAAGAAAGCGAAAGCCAGUGCGUGCGUGUGUUGCCGCUCCACCUCCACGGAAGAUCGAGCCAGCGAGCCUCUCCGCCUCGGAUUACCCGGCCGAAGCAACUGCGCUCAGAUAAGUAGGAAAUAACCCACCGAUCCCAGGUCUGCGCCCAAAGCGGCAAACACCAAAAGUACAGUUUCAAAGAUUUUUUUCUUCUUCCUCUUCUUCCGCGAUCAAUUCUAUUCUCAACAGUUGUUGUCAUUUUUUUUUUCAUAAGAGGGCGAAACAAGUUUUUCGUGUUUUUAUUAUUAUUUGAGCUUCCGAGCGCAGUGUUUUUUUUUUUUUUUACGGAGGCGUGACGUGGAAGUGAACUCGGCAUUAUAUUCUAUAGGAUGACACGCAACACUUUGAGGGAACCAAUCUGAAUGUAAGGCACUGGGAUGUAGUUGUUGUUGGAUCCCGGACCCGGAGGAUGGACUUGGUGAGCCCCCCCGUGCUGACUUUCGGUGCCGUAGAGACACAUGGAGCCAUGGGUUGAAAGCGGCGAUGAUAGACUGCGGGGAUGUUCAACGUGGGCGGGAGCAGCGUGUUCUGUCUUAUGUAAUGAUUGACAGCGCCUGAUUAUUAGUGGUCGAUCUUAAAUAACAUCACCCCCCCCCCCCCCCCCCUUCUCUUCCCCAUUACCCCCCCCCCUCCCCUCUCCUCCCCCCUGUAUGUCGAGAAGGCUAAAGAGUGCUUGAUGAGUAUGUGGUGUUUCGUGAGAUAAGUAUUCAUGUCACAAACGAGUGGAUAACUUGACAUGCGGCUUAUUCCUUUUUUGGGGGGGGAUUUUGUUCCGCUCGGAGAUUCAUCAAAGCCAGUUUAAGUUCAUCCCAGAUCUUUUCAUCGGCCUUCCUUCCCUCCCUCCCUCCCCCAUCCGGUCUCAGUGCUUUCCAGCAUCUUUUGCUUCACGAGGUAAUGUUCAUCAUGACGUCCCAAACUCUUGAUCUGCUCCGCGCUGACCCCGCGGGGUCUUUAAACACGACAGUGACUUCAGGAAAACCAACAGUCAACAGUGUGUCGAGCUUCCCUUCGAGCUGCGAACUCUAUUCUCGCCAUUGCAAUUUUCUCAAUGGCCACUAAGAUGCUGUAAUUCACAUUCUUGCCCUGGGAUUCGGGGAAAUGUAGUCAUUCUGAAAUCCUCAACCUCUUAACCUUCUGUGACUUUCUGUUUCUGAACACCCGAAGCCAUUCGUUAACCCCCACCAGAGCCUUCGUCGGCUCCCUCCCUCCCCCCCACUCAUCAGGGCUGGUGGGGGGGGUGGAUCUCGGGCCCCCCGCGGGGGUCGAAACUGUGGCGGUGGUGGCCGGCGGCGGCCACACCCGCAGAGACAGGGCUCCCGGCAUGGAGACCAGCCCGGAGAGCCCCAACCGGGCCGUGGAGUACCUCCUGGAGCUCAACAACAUCAUCGAGAGCCAGGCCAAGCUCCUGGAGACCCAGCGGCGGCGCAUCGAGGAGCUGGAGGGCCAGCUGGACCGGGUCAACCAAGAGAACCAGGACCUGAGGCACGACUGCAGCCCGCGGACGCCCGGCUCGGACGCCCCCGAGCAGAACCACAGCCAGCCGCCGCCCCUCCCCGUCCACCACGGCGGCGGGAACGGCAGCGGCCCGGCGGCUCAGGCGACCGCCGCGCCGCCCGCGGCCUCGGGGCCGGGCAGGGAGAGGCGGAGCCACACCCGGCUGACCCGAGGCCUCUCCUGCAGCUCCUCCGGCGCCGCCGAGCGAGACCGGCUGGAACGCACCGACAGCACGGACACCGACGCCAGCUCCACGCUGCGGAGAAACGUCCGUCCGCCGUCCACCUCCGGGCCGCCCACCUCGGCCCCCAGCACCCCCACGGCGGCCCGCGCUCCUCCCGCCUUCCCCACCAGUCUGACUGUUCACAGCUUCGCCAGCCUCCAUCAGUACUGCUGCCCCUCUACUGACCGGAGCGUACAGCGGGAGGACAGAGGGGCGGGUGAAGAGGAGGGUUCCCAUCAGUUCUGUUGUUCUGCCUCAGGCCGCCCAUCGUCUCGCUGAUCGCUCGGCCCACUUUCCAUCUCUGCUGGAAAAAGACUGUCGCGGUUUUGUGCCGCCAGAACAACGGGACACCUCACUGCCCCCCCCCCCCCGCUGCCACCCACAGAAAAAAAAAAGCAUGCAAGCGUGUAGUCUUAUUCAUGUGUCAUCUGCUCUGUGCAUUAAUUACCGUGUGGAGGAAUCUGGAUGUGGUCUCGUCUCUGUACUCUCCAUCAUGCAGCCAUCACACGGGCUCACCUCGCACGCCGCUAGUCCGUCGUGACGGCUAAGCCUCCUUCCUCUUUGUGAUGUCACGGCGUCAUCUGUGUGCAGUUAGUGUUUCUUCACAGAGGGAUUUAAUCAUUUAAUCAUGAGCAGAAUAAAAACAAACCUAGUUCCUGAAGACACCUCCUGACUUGUUGCUGUAAUUGCUGUGUGUUGGAAUGCUGCUCGUACACACCCCGCCUCACUCGCCUCCGCCUCGGGCGUCACAGGCGAUUCCCGGUCAGCCUAAUCCUCAAAUGUCGCCUAUUUACUUUUCUUUUUGCCAAAAGUGUGUCAGCAGGUGAUGUUUUUUUUUUUUAGUAAAUCCCAAAGCAUUUUCUGCUUGUUGUUUCUCAGGACAUGUGUUGACUUUGAGCCACUGAAGCACAUACAGCAUCAUUUACUAUAUAUAUAGACAAAUAAAUAGAGUUAACAUUUAAUAUUACAGAAAUAUCUUUCUUUUCCGAGGACGCUAAUAAACCUGCUAUUUUCCUCCAAACCCAUUUCAACCACAUUGGUUGUCUGACUCUUCAAUUAAAAGCUCUGCUUCAACA